ACAUUUCAAUCUACUGAGAAGAAAUCAUGGUUCUUCAGCACAAAGAAUUUGCAAAAGCUGGACUGAAAGAUGGAACUCAGAUUUGGAGAAUCGAGAAGAUGGACCUAGCACAAGUUCCUAAGGAGCUACAUGGUAGCUUCUAUGUGGGUGAUGCCUACGUAAUACUGAAUACCAUAGAUCGGGUUCUAUACAAACUGUACAAUCUACAUUUCUGGCUUGGUAAUGAAUGUACUCAGGAUGAGAGUACGGCAGCUGUGUUAUACACUGUGCAGAUGGAUGAAUACCUGGGAGGGCGGCCUGUUCAGUACAGAGAGCUGCAAGGACAUGAGUCCAACAUUUUCCUUAGUUAUUUUAAAAAUGGAAUUAAGUAUCAGGCUGGUGGUAUAGCAUCUGGCUUCCAGCAUGUGGUGAUCAAUGACGUCAGUGCAAGAAGACUUCUACACGUUAAAGGAAGACGAGUAGUCCGGGCGAGAGAAGUUCCACUUAGCUGGGCCAGCUUCAACAGUGGGGAUUGCUUUAUCAUUGACGUUGGACCUGAAAUUUAUCAGUGGUGUGGGAGUAAAUGCAACAAGUACGAGCGAGUAAAAGCCUCACAAGUUGCUACUGGAAUUCGUGACAAUGAAAGAAAAGGAAGAGCAAACCUGACAGUUAUAGAAGAAGGAAGUGAACCAAGUGAUCUUAUUAAAAUUUUAGGUACCAAACCUGACCUGCCUGAAGGAGAUGAUGAUACUGACAUUGCUGCUGAUGUAUCUCAUCGAAAAAAAGCAAAACUACACAUGGUAUCAGAUGCCAGUGGGUCUAUGCAAGUAACUCUGGUUUCAGAUAGCAGUCCCUUUUCUAUGUCUAUGCUCCUGACAGAAGAGUGCUUUGUGCUGGACGGUGCUGACCAGAAUAUUUUUGUAUGGAAAGGUAAAAAUGCCAAUGCCAACGAAAAAAAGGAAGCUUUGAAGACCGCAGAAGAUUUUAUAAAGAAAAUGAAUUAUCCAGCUACCACUCAGAUAAUGAUUCUGCCAGAAGGAGGAGAAAAUCCAAUUUUUAAACAGUAUUUCAAAGACUGGAAAGAUAAAGAACAAACUGAAGGAUUUGGAAAAAUAACAACAAAGGGCAGUAUAGCUCAGGUGAAACCAAUUCCAUUUGAUCCAAAAAAGUUACACGAAUCUCCAAAGAUGGCUGCUCAACAUAACAUGUUAGACGAUGGAUCUGGGGAAUGUCAGAUAUGGCGUGUUGAGAGUAAUGGCAGAGUUCCGGUGGAUCCAGAGACGUACGGACAAUUUUAUGGUGGAGACUGUUACAUCAUAUUGUAUUCUUGUGCAAAGGGAAAGUACAUUUAUGUGUGGCAAGGGUCACAUGCAACUAAAGAUGAAGUGACAUUUUCUGCCUUUCUCACAGUUCAGCUGGAUCGCUCUAUGAAGAGUGGAGUUACUCAUAUACGUGUGACCCAGGGAAAGGAACCUCCACAUCUGUUGAGUAUCUUCAAGGACAAGCCACUUAUUAUAUACAAAGAUGGGACAUCAAGGAAGGGAGGUCAGACGCCACCACGACCUGUACGCCUCUUUCAAGUUCGAAAGAAUUUGGGCUCAAUCACAAGAAUAGCUGAGCUUGAAAAUGAUUCAUCGAUGCUAAAUUCCAAUGAUGCAUUUGUUCUGAAAAUGCAAAAUAAUUCUGCCAUCAUAUGGGUUGGAAAAGGUGCAAAUGAAGAUGAAAUAAAAGGAGCGGAUUACCUAGUCAAAGUUCUAAAAUGCAAGCCCACAAAAGUUGCAGAAGGACAGGAAACAGAUAUAUUCUGGUCAACCCUCGGAGGUAAAAAGAAAUAUCAGACUUCACCUUUGUUGGAAACAUCCUUUGAAGAUCAUCCACCAAGGUUGUUUGGUUGCUCAGAUAAAACAGGACGGUUUGUGAUUGAAGAGGUGCCUGGAGAAUUUACUCAAGACGACCUAGCAGAAGAUGAUGUGAUGAUGCUGGAUGCGUGGGAACAGAUAUUUUUAUGGAUUGGAAAAGAUUCAAAUGAACGUGAGAAAAGGGAAUCGUUGAUAGCAGCACAAAAGUAUAUUCAGAGUGAUCCUGCAGGGAGAGAUAAGGGGAUCCCAAUUACUACUGUAAAACAAGGAUAUGAACCUCCAACUUUCACGGGCUGGUUUUUGGCUUGGGAUUCCAAAAGAUGGCAAAUGUAACAUCAAGAAAUACAACGUAAAUCAAAGGGUGUAAAACAAAUAAAGAAUAAAGAUACACUUUAAGUUCAUGGUCAUUCAAAAUAUAGUUUGUAUUGAUGAAAAUAGCAUAAAUGGAGAAAUAUAUAUUGUAUAUUGAUUCAUAACAUAGAAACAUAGAAACAUAGAAUGUGACGGCAGAUAAGAACCAUUCGGCCCAUCUAGUCUGCCCAAUUUUCUAAAUACUUUCAUUAGUCCUGACUCCCUGGCCUUAUCUUAUAGUUAGGAUCGACGUUUCGACCUCUUCAGGUCUUCCUCAAGAUCUUGAGGAAGACCUGAAGAAGUCGAAACGUCGAUCAGACAGAUGUAAACAUUUUUGUUACAUUAAACACCAGUGAUUUUUCUACAAAG